UCCAAUUUGUGAAUAGUUUCAUUGAACACAACAACUCGCCUUGCGUUGGAUUCUUUUUAUAAAAUCUCAGGAAAAUCCCAGAAAUAUUCAAUAAAAAAUCAUGUCAGCUAGAAAUCUAUUACUAAUGGGACAAUGUAUGCCUUGUGUAAAAGCCAAUGCAUCCAAAAUACGCAUACGCCGUAUGGAAUUGGACAAGAAUUUGAAUAUGUAUUUCAAAAAAGAUGAAUUCCUUUUUGCCCACGAUCCCCAAAAGGUUUGCAAGACUGGCGAUGUUGUUCUGAUACGUGAAUUGCCCGAACGUCUGACACGCCUCAUCACCCACAAAGUGGAAAAAGUUGUAUACCCCCUUGGUGACAUAACCGAUCCCAUUACCGGUAAAUCUGUGGUCGUUGGUAAAUAUCGUGAUCAAAUCGAGGAAGCUAAUCGUAUGUUUGGCAAGUCGGAGAAGGCAUUCGAUUACUCGAAGGCACCACCGCGUGGACGUUUGGAGGGUACCAAAGAUUUUACACACGGCGAAACAUAUAUUAAAUAUCACGAUGAUGGUAAAGAUCAGCCAUUCGCUGUGUAGGCUGUGUAUUUUGUUAAAGUUUAUAUAUUUCCAAGUAGUCUUAAUAAAAAAAUGUAAGAAAUUGUUUUAACUGUAAAGUAACAACAGAA